AUGAUGGAGGACCUUAACACGGCGACCGCGAACCAGGCUUGGGCUGAAACAACGGUGUGGUGGGACAUCAGCAGGUGUCCUGUUCCCGGCGACGUUGAUGCUGGUCGGGUGGUUCCGUUCAUAAAACGGCUGUUGAAGAAAUUAGGGUACACAGGUCCUCUCACCAUUAUUGUCAUCGGUAUACUAUCAGAAGUCCCUAUUUACGUCCUGCGAGCCAUCUCUUCCUCUGGGAUCAACCUUCUUGAGCACAUCCCCACAGGUACCACUUACAUAUCUGAUAGAUUGUGGGGGUGUGCAUGGUUAGAUCAACCCGAGUCUAAUGUAAUGCUCAUAUCCAGUCAGUUUGUCUUCGGUCAACGUCUAGAGACCAUAGCGCGAGACGUGAACGUUAUUGGGCCGCUGUGUCCAUCUGAUCACCCUUCCCUUGGCAGCCCUUUUAGAGGGUGCUUGCCGUGGGAUACCGUACUCGAAAGCAUACGGGCAGAUUCAGAUGGAGGGGAUCUUGAGUGCAGUGGAACGGCUACCUUCAACUGCGUAGCAUGCACCAGAGCCGAUUUCUCAGACUUUGCUGUUUUCGCCAAGCAUCUCCACAGCGAUGAUCAUGCACUUGAAGACUUGUCAAGUUACCGUUCGAUGUUUAAGAUUCCCCAUUCUUACUUUAAGAAGGAUAUUUCUAGGAUCCGAAGAAAGUUAAAGCGUUCAAGAAACUGUGUGGCUGACGAUGAACGUGAAAGAGAAGCUGAGUUUAACGAAGAACGUGAAAGAAAAGCUAUGUACUGUUUUAAGUAG